UACAGAUGUAGUUCUCUUUGCACCGUGGAAUUGAAUAUGAUAACUUUAUACAAAGAAUUACCCUGAAGAAUACCCAAAAAAAACUCAUAAAAACCUCUCUGUCUUUAGGUAUGGAUUAAUAUUGUGCUAGUUUCUUGAGCUAGAUUUAUAAGGCAUGUAACAGCGUAUCAUUGUUUUAUGGCCCCUAAAAUGUAUUGCUUUUUACCUCAGAAUUUGUGCGGGAGAUGGGAGAGAGGUGAGGAUGGGAGACAAGGCUCCCUCUCUGCUUGAGUGCAGGACAUUUCAUGUAUGUUUUUUGACUGCUUGCAGGACGGCCAGCUAAUUGAGUGCCGCUGCUGCUAUGGGGAAUUUCCAUUUGAGGAGCUGACGCAGUGUGCAGAUGCUCACUUGUUCUGCAAAGAAUGUCUCAUCAGAUAUGCCCAAGAGGCAGUCUUUGGAUCUGGAAAGUCGGAGCUCAGCUGCAUGGAAGGCAGCUGCACGUGUUCGUUCCCAACUAGUGAGCUGGAGAAGGUGCUCCCCCAGACCAUCCUGUAUAAGUAUUAUGAGCGAAAAGCUGAGGAGGAGGUUGCAGCAGCCUACGCUGACGAGCUCGUCAGGUGCCCCUCCUGUAGCUUUCCUGCUCUGUUGGACAGUGACGUGAAGAGGUUCAGCUGUCCUAAUCCUCGCUGCCGAAAGGUAGGGAGGCAAAUUUUUUUCUAGGUGUAUAUUGAAUUAUGGUGUUAUGGGCUGCCCUGAUAACCCAAAUAUCUGCUGUUUAUCUGACUGCUGAUGUAUAAGGAUUUGAGUGCUUUCCUUUUCAUAAGCAAAUGAAGAUGUAUACUUUGUAAGUAACGGUUGACAUGGUUACUGAGAUGAUGGGAGCCACUCGUGGCACUCCAGUUACAAAGCUGUGGAUUCCUGUUUCGUAUCUCUUAUAAGGACAGAUGCUAUAAUGUAAAGUGGAAGUGUUUAGUUUUGUUCCCCACUGUGUCAACAUUUUUCUUGCUCUUUUCGCUACCUGUGCUCAAAUACCCCUACUCCCCCCCCACACACACACACAC